UGCUCGGCUCACCGCUCACUUCCUCCUCUCGCGCGACACACGCAAGUUCACCCAGCACGUGAUGCCAUACGACCGGCACUAGACCACCACCUACCCUGAGCGGUCUCAGGAUCACCGGGCCAGCGACACUCGCAAACUCAAGUCCGAUAGCUCUGGGAUAUUUUCACACUUCACGGAGUAUUCAAGCUGCGACGACCUGAUGAAUCUGAGCACGAGGUAUGCCCGGUAUCAAGAACUCGGUGACCCCUGACCUCAACAUGGCCAUCACACACAGCCCCAAGUCCACUACGGGUAUUCCAGCUUCAGACACUGGCGUCCACACGAUCGAAAUGAGCGCAACACACGGUCUUGCCGGACACAAUCACGCCCCUCCCACCUCGGAGCAGACAACUAACCGGUCUCCCAUCACUGCCGUCACUGACGCUCAAGGUGUGACCAUUGACGUUCCAAUACGCAGAUGUGCGCUGAGGCCAAUACACGAGCCAGUUCGAGCGCCUAUAUCAAACAUUGAGUCUAACGGGAGCCCAUGUACUCCCUACGGUUCAUCCAGAAAGCUUCCAAAAAUAUCCACAGACCCGUCUUCGAAUCACAACCCGAGUCCGAGCCCGUUGACGUUAGAUCUAACCGACAGACAAGGGUUCGUCGAUUCCCAAACCAACCACAACGCCAUCGAGAGUCCUCCUUACAACUCCAAAGCCUUCCCGCUCAUCGACUCCGCCAACAGCCAUAGCGACUUUGGCGCCAAGUACGAUAGCAGCAACAACAACGGGAGUGCCAUCUCCAUCCUCUCCACCUUCAAGCUGGGUCCAGGGGUUCACGUAACGCCCCCUCCACCCCUCCUCAGACUCAGUCCAACAGAGCGAUCGCCUGAUCAAACGAGCAAAAGACAAAAACUUCGUUUCAAAGACAAAGAAGAUGUGGGGAAUAUUUUUACUCGUUCCCUGGACACUGGAAGUCGCUCCAACGACAAUGGGGAGUUUAAGACUGUCUCGUUUGUGUCUCCCAAAGCGUCUCUGGCGUCGACGGACCUGCACAUCAACUCGAUGUCUUCUAUAAACUCCAGUCGGCAGCACAGUGCCCUCAAGCUGAAUUCUUCCUCACAACUGUUUCCAGAAACUGGGAAAGUGAUGCUCGCUUCCGAGCUUUCAGAAGAAGACAGAAGGGCGAACGCACAGUCAGCCCACAGUCCUCUCAGCCCAAACGACUACUCUUCCGACUCCAACGUUACCAUCCUCGCAGGAGUUUGCAGGUGUGCUAACCUGUCAACUGCCCGAGGUAGGCGUAACCACGCCCUGAUGAUCAUGCUAGUGAGCGUUAUCCCUGUGAUCGCGCUGCUCAUACAGAACAGCAUCGACGUCUACGACCACAACGAAGAGCUGAACCUACACCGUGGCGUGAAGAAUCAAAUUCUCUUUAGGAAACUGUUGGGCAUGAUCAAAGCGGCUCAGGACGGAUAUAAAUCUAGAACCAUAAUCAUUGUGCAGGCGUAG